AUGGGUGGAAAACCAUCAAAACAACAAAAGCAGUUAGAAUUGUACACGGGCAAGAAAGAUGCUACACCAUACUAUAAUAUCACGGGGAGUACCCUCUCCAAAAUGAUAUCAAACAAAGACGGAGAGUUAUUAACACAUUAUGGUGGCGUUGAAGGGAUUGCCAAAACUAUUCAGACUGACCUCCACAAUGGUAUUUCAGACGAGUCGUUUGUUCGCCGUCGUGAGCAGUUUGGUCACAAUAAAACGCCUGACCCUGUUAUUGUUCCUUUCUGGAAAAUAUGGUUUGAAGCACUUCAAGAUAAGACAUUGAUUAUCUUGAUCGUAGCUGCAAUCGUUUCACUGAUUCUUGCGUUUGCCAUUCCAAGUAACUUAGACUCUUGUGUUGUAGAGACGAGUGAUGCCAAAAAGGAGUUUAACACGGAUUGGAUUGAAGGCUUUGCAAUUCUUCUAGCAGUUUUAGCCGUUUCUCUUGGAGGUUCUGCGUCCGACUACUCCAAGCAGAAGAAGUUCAUAGCCUUAUCUUCGGAGGAACAAGACGUCAAGAUUAAAGUGACUCGAAAUGGGCAACAGACUGAAAUCUCUACCUUCGACUUGUGUGUUGGUGAUUUGAUUUAUUUGGACGUCGGUGACAUUCUUCCAGCCGAUGGUAUUUAUGUGAGAGGAAAUGACCUUCGUAUUGAUCAAAGUGACAUGACUGGGGAGUCUGAUGCUGUUCGUAAAACUGCUGAUAACUUUUAUAUGAUGUCUGGGACCAAAGUGACUGAUGGGAAUGGUGAGAUGUUAGUAGUAGCAGUUGGUCCCAAUAGUAUGUGGGGUAACACCAUGCAAGCAGUGAAUCAGAAUAAGAGUGAUCCAACUCCAUUACAAGAGAGUUUAGAUGACUUAGCUGUUAAAAUUGGGUAUUUAGGUAUGGCGUGUGGUGGUAUAGUAUUUUUAGUCUUGACCAUAUAUUAUAUGGUGAGUCAACUUAAUCAUGACCCCGUCAUGAAAUCAACAGAGACGAAUGGGAUCAUCAAAGGAUGUGAGACGUGUAAUGUGUCUGAAACCGACCCGAAUUUUAAAGAUUGGUGUGAAGACUAUGCUUUUGAUUGGAAAACUAUGACGGUGUUAGUGGACUAUUUCAUUAUUGGUGUGACAAUUAUUGUAGUUGCCGUCCCUGAAGGCCUUCCAUUGGCUGUCACCAUCUCGUUGGCGUAUUCAAUGAAACAAAUGUUCAAAGACAAUAACUUGGUGAGACACUUGAAAGCGUGUGAAACGAUGUCGAACUGCACGAACAUCUGUUCCGACAAAACUGGGACGUUAACUGAGAAUCGAAUGACUGUGGUGAAUGGGUGGUUCGGUGGAGUGAAAAUGGAAAGACGAGGACAGGACUUCCACAUUGACAAGACAUACGAAGACAUGAUCCACCUCAAUAUUGCUAUGAAUUCAUCGCCAUCUACUUCAUUAAGUAAUGAGAAUGGAGACAUCAGAGUCAUUGGAAACAAAACAGAAGGCGCUUUGUUGUUAUUUAGCAGAGACAGAGGAACCGAUUACCUUGAGAUGAGAAAGCAACAUGGAGACGACAUUUACCAGAUGUUUGCAUUCUCAUCGGCUAAGAAGAGAAUGAACACUUUGAUGUGGAUGAAACGCCCAGAUUCUCUCAGAAUGUUUACUAAAGGAGCUCCUGAGAUGAUAUUAGACACAUGCACCCGGUAUAUGGAUGCAAGUGGAAUAAUGAAAGACAUGACUGAGGACAUCAGAAACGAACUUGAGGCAUGUCAGCGUGAAUGGGCCGAGAAGGGGUACAGAACCCUUUCUUUGAGCUUCAAAGAUAUGGAGCCAGCAGACAAAGGCGACUUAACAAAGAAGUUUGAAACGAUUAAUGAGGACGGUUCGACACUUUUGUGCUUGUUUGGGAUUGAAGACCCCCUUCGACCCGAAGUCGAAGAAGCCGUUCGCACCUGCCAAAGUGCUGGGAUUACUGUUAGAAUGGUAACUGGUGAUAAUAUAGCGACUGCAAAGUCGAUAGCGAGACAAUGCCACAUUAUUACCGAAGAGACUGAUGUAGAGAUAGAAGGGAAGAAAUUCUCUGAGUUACAAGAUGAAGAAGUCAUCGCGAUGUUACCAAACUUAAAGGUCAUUGCAAGAUGUUCUCCUGAGGACAAGAAACGCCUUGUGUGUUUGUUGAAAGACCAAGGUGAAGUUGUAGCAGUCACUGGAGAUGGGACGAAUGAUGUCCCAGCACUUAAAGCUGCACACAUUGGACUUGCUAUGGGUAUUCGAGGGACUGAUGUCGCCAAACGUGUUUCUGAUAUAGUCAUUCUCGACGAUAACUUCAAGUCCAUUGUCAAGUCAGUGUUAUGGGGAAGAUGUGUCUUCGACAACAUCAGGAAGUUCCUUCAGUUCCAAUUAACAGUGAACGUCUCUGCGUUGGCGCUUUGUGUGAUCGGCUCGAUAUUCAUAGGAGAGUCUCCCCUCAAUGCGCUCCAAAUGUUGUGGGUCAAUUUGAUCAUGGACACUAUGGCUGCACUUGCCCUUGGUACUGAGAAGCCAACGCCUUCGUUAUUGAAUAGAAAGCCGUAUGGUAAAUAUGAUUCUUUGAUUAGCAAUUAUAUGAUCAGAAAUAUCACUAUCCAAACCCUUUACCAACUUGCUUGCAUGUUACCUUUGAUCUUUGCAGGGCGCUUUAUCCCAUUCUUGGAAGCUCCAUGUGGCUUUGUGUCGACUGUUGGACGAUCAACCGGCUUUGACUAUACAAAGGAGUGUGCUUCUUGGGAUCAAAGUG